AUGAAAGCAAUCCUGCAGCGUGUCCUGUCGGCCUCCGUGACGGUGGACAAGGAGGUCAUCUCGACCAUCGGCAAGGGUGUCCUCGUCUUUGCGGCGGUCGCCCCCGGGGACACGGAGAAAGAGGCCGAUUCGCUAGCUGCCAAGGUGCUCAAGAUGAAGAUGUGGAAUGAUGACUCUGGGGGCCGGUGGAAGCGGAGCGUCACCGACAUUGAGGGCGAUGUUCUUUGUGUCUCACAAUUUACUCUCUUGGCCAAGACGACGAAGGGAACAAAGCCCGACUUCCACGGUGCUGCGAACCCCGAGGACGCAAGCCGGUUGUACCAGUACUUCGUCCAGAAGCUCCGCAGCGAGUACCGGGAGGAGAAUGUCAAGGAUGGCAAGUUCCAGGCUAUGAUGGAGGUAGCCCUGGUAAAUGAUGGACCGGUGACAUUGGAGAUCCAGGUCGGUGCGAAGACAGAAUGA